CCCUCAAUCUCCCAAAAUGGAGUCCCAACCCUCCUCCAAAACCCUGCACAACCGCAUCAACACGAACAUCUCCCAACUCCUCCAACGCUUCGAGAACAUCAUGGCCACAGCCACGACAGAAAGCACAAGCCACACCUCCACAGCCGUCGAAACCUACCAACUCGACGUCGAAUCCACCGCCCUGGUCCGCGCAGCAGAAGAUAUCCUGGCGCUGACGCGGGUGAUGAAGGAGACGUGGCUGUUCGGGAAGCUGGAUACGUUGGGGGAGGAUGAGGCGGAGGUGAAGCGGCGGGAGGAGCUGGAGCGGGAUGCGGGGGCGAUUCAGCGGGCGAUUGAGGAGGGGGGGCUUUUGAAGGCUGCUAAAUAGGCUUCACUGGGGGUGGAGUAUGGUAUGGUCUGGUGCAUUGGGAGUUUGGGUUUCGGGGUGGGAUAUUUGGCGUUAUUGCCUGGGAUAUUGCGAAUCUGUUUAUUCGAACCUUACGGGAAUAGUACUGUACUAUGCAGUUUCACAUGAUCAUUUGUGGUGUCUAUGAUUGCCGACAGUCUACAAUGCAUAUAUCGG